UGACCCAGGAAGCUCUUCUUCUGCAUCCAUAAACAUGUUAACGUGCUCGUGAUGGGACGCUGCUGCAGAGAUUCAGAGCUGUGAGAGGAUCCUCGGUCCCGUGCACGGAAUCAGAGCUCUCACGGUAACAACGAUGGGCUGACCGGGACGGACCAAGAACCAGACUGCAGACUGCAGAGAGGUCUGCAGACAGCUGAUGGAGGACUGACGGGAGCGACCAGAGGACGACCAAAACUCUGAGGCUGCUUCAACACGCCGAGCACAGUCUCUUUCUUCCUGGUGGCUGAACUUUGUGCUGGCUCUUCCAUCUUGUAGCCACCACUGUGUCAGAAUCCAACAUGGCCGACAACGUGAACUCUUUACCGUUCUUCUACGGGAACAUCACCCGAGAGGAGGCGGAGGACUACCUGCGUCAGACCGGCAGCAUCAAUGGCCUGUACCUGCUGCGGCAGAGCAGGAACUACCUGGGAGGCUUCGCUCUGUCCGUGCUGCACUCGGGCCGCUGCUACCACUACACCAUCGAGAGGGAGGCCAACCAGACCUUCGCCAUCGCUGGAGGGAAGAGCCACGGCAGCCCCGAAGACGUCAUCGACUACCACUCGCAGGAGACGGACGGGCUGGUGUGUCUGCUGAAGAAGCCCUGCAACAGACCCAAAAACAUGCAGCCCAAAGUGGGGCCAUUUGAGGACCUGAAGGAGAAACUGAUCCGGGAGUACGUGAAGCAGACCUGGAACCUGCAGGGAGCGGCUCUGGAGCAGGCCAUCAUCAGUCAGAGGCCUCAGCUGGAGAAACUGAUCGCCACCACGGCUCACGAGAGGAUGCCGUGGUUCCACGGGUCGAUCACGCGAGAAGACUCCGAGCCGCGGCUGCAGAAAGGAGCAAGGACCAACGGGAAGUUUCUGAUCCGACAGCGGGAUCAGAACGGGUCCUACGCUCUGUGUCUACUCCAUGAAGGACAGGUCAUGCACUAUCGCAUCGACCGGGACCGAGCGGGGAAACUAUCCAUCCCAGACGGGAAGAAGUUUGACACCCUGUGGCAGCUGGUGGAGCACUACUCGUACAAACCAGACGGGCUGCUGCGAGUGCUGACGGACCCAUGUUCAAGACCUGACGGAGACAUGGGUCUGAUAGGACGACCUCCACUCCCAAACGAUCAUCCAGGACUCAACUCAGCUAUUCACAGUGCCGCAGGACUAUUCUCCCUCCUCAAAACUGUCCCCUUACUGGGCCGGAAAAAGAGCCAAUCGUCUCGACAUGACACCGCAGAGAAUCUCAACCCCUAUGAAACCAGAAUCCCCACUAAAGAGGCCAUGCCCAUGGACACAGAGGUCUACGAGAGUCCGUAUGCAGACCCUGAUGAACUGAGAAGCUCCACGGUGGACAGAAACCAUCUCAUGCUGGAGGACGGAGAGCUGGGCUCAGGAAACUUUGGGACGGUGAUGAGGGGCAUCUACCAGAUGAGGAAGACCUCUAAACAAGUCGCCGUUAAAAUCCUGAAAAACGACGACGACAACCCGUCAGUGCGAGAGGAGAUGCUGAGAGAAGCUAACGUCAUGCAGCAGCUGGAUAAUCCGUACAUCGUCCGCAUGAUCGGGAUCUGUGAGGCCGAGAACCUGAUGCUCGUCAUGGAGCUGGCCGAGCUCGGACCUCUAAACAAGUUCCUGCAGAGACACAAGCAGACGAAUGUGAAGAACAUCACAGAGCUGGUCCAUCAGGUCUGCAUGGGGAUGAAAUAUCUGGAGGAACACAACUUCGUCCACAGAGACCUCGCUGCCAGAAACGUGCUGCUCGUCACUCAACAUUACGCCAAAAUCAGCGACUUCGGACUCUCCAAGGCCGUUGCUGAGGACCAGAACUACUACAUGGCAAAGGCUCAUGGGAAAUGGCCGGUGAAGUGGUACGCCCCUGAGUGUAUGAACUACUUUAAGUUCUCCUCAAAGAGCGACAUGUGGAGCUUUGGGGUGCUCAUGUGGGAGGCUUACUCUUACGGACAGAAACCAUACAAGGGGAUGAAGGGAAACGAAGUGAUGCAGAUGAUCGAGAGCGGACAGAGGAUGGACGCUCCGGUGAACUGUCCGCCUGAGAUGUACAACCUGAUGAAGACCUGCUGGACAUACAAGCUGGACGAGCGUCCCGGCUUCAGCGUGGUGGAGCCGAGGCUACGAGAGUAUUAUUACGACAUCUCGCAGUGAUGUUCACACGGAUUCACGAGACUAUGCAAACUAUGACCUGACGAUGAAAUCUGCUUUCACUCCUGUAUGAGUGACGGGUACGAGCUCUGAGUGCUGUUGUAAGUUAUUGACUUCAGCUGAAGGAUUUAUUCAAACUUUGAAACCAUAAUUAUGCAAAUUACUUUUAUUUUGUUACUUUAUUCUUCCUCCUGAAUGUAAACAAUAUUCAAGUUGUAAUAAACAAAAUGAACAAACGUUUAUGUUACACAAA